AUGUCAUACGAAAGCAAAGGUUUCUGGGUUCUGAAGAACAGUGAGCACACGAGCGAGGAAGACUCAGUGUAUGAUCACUCAACAAGAGACGAUGCAAAGCGUCCUCAUCCUUGGUUUGUCGAUUCCUCUCGCUCAGAGAUGUUCCCGAACAAGAAGCAAGCAGUGCAGGAUCCAGUGGGUUUAGGGAAAUCAAGUGCAGGCCUUCCUCUGUGGGAAAGCUCGUCGGUGUUUCAAUCAGUCUCGAACCAGUUCAUGGACAGGCUUCUAGGGACUGAAAUGCCAAGACCCCUUUUGUUCGGCGAUAGAGAUAGAACAGAAGCUGGGAGCCUUCACCAACCCAAGAGCAUAGGAGGGAGUUAUAUGGAAGACAGGUCUGUUGAACUGUCGAUAUCUAAUGGCGUGGAGGUCGCUGGAAGCUGUUUCGGUGGUGAUGGAGUUAGAAAACUUCAAGUUAGUCGGGUUAAGGAAACGAUGAGCACACACGGUGGCUUAGACGGUCAUGGUCUAAGGAAGAUCGAGUCAUCUUCGAUACAGCCUUGUGGCAGGGAGAGCGAGAGUAGUAGCAGUAGUUUCGUGAAUUUCGCACUGGCGGGUCAUUCUUAUGGCAAUGAAGAUUCUCAUGGGAUCACAUUUGGUGAGAUUAAUGACGAGCACGGUGAUGGCUCUGGUUCCAACGUGGUUGAGAACUAUCAGUCUUAUGUUCAAGAACCCAUUGGAACAUCCGAUAUGGUUUACGGCCAAGAAACCGCACAGACAAGCGGCGGAGCUGUAAGUGAACAGCAAGCGGCUAAACCGAGUUUGGAAUCUGUUCCGAAGAACAAAGCAGAGGGCAAGACGUCAAAGAAGGAAGCUUCCACAAGCUUUCCUUCAAACGUCAGAAGCUUGAUAUCAACCGGUAUGCUCGAUGGCGUUCCUGUGAAGUACGUUUCUCUCUCACGUGAGGAGCUUCGAGGAGUCAUAAAAGGAUCGGGUUAUCUCUGCGGAUGUCAAGCUUGCGAUUUCACAAAGGUGCUUAACGCGUAUGCAUUUGAGAGACACGCCGGGUGUAAAACGAAGCACCCGAACAAUCAUAUCUACUUUGAAAACGGGAAGACGAUUUAUCAGAUAGUUCAGGAACUUAGGAACACUCCAGAAACUAUGCUCUUUGAUGUGAUUCAGACUGUAUUUGGUUCUCCUAUCAACCAGAAAGCAUUUCGCAUAUGGAAAGAAUCAUUUCAAGCUGCGACUCGUGAACUUCAGCGUAUCUAUGGCAAAGAAGAGCGUUCCUUUUGA